ACAAUUACCUCAAGAAUCGAUCAAGAUGUAUUGCAGGUCUGCCUACGCUUCCGAUUUUUUCUCCCUGGCGGGGUCUCUCCACGCGCCCGUGGUGCUAUAGAUGGACAAAGUUUAACACAGCCGAGCUGCCAAUUCCUCUGCUCCCUUGCAAAGAGGGAAGGGGAAGACGAGAUAUGACGGAAUACGAUGAUCGCGGCUGUGCGUCAAAUAUGUAUUUGCCGAGCUGCACUUAUUACGUUUCGACGCCUGAUUUUACAUCGGUCUCCUCGUUUUUACCGCAGACCACUUCGUGUCAGGUCAAUUUCCCCUAUUCCCCCAACAUAGCGCAAGUCCAACCGGUUCGCGAGGUCGCUUUCAGGGAUUAUGGACUGGACCAUCCGAGCAAAUGGCAUUACCGGGGCAAUUACGCGUCUUACUACUCCACGGAGGAGAUCAUGCAUCGGGACUUGAUCCAGUCCUCCGGCAGCAGGGCGGAAGUGCUAUUCAAAAACGAGUCCUUGUACGGCCACCGCGGAGGGACGAGCUCGCCGUGCAAUUUCUUCGCCGGUGUCGGCCGGAACGGGGUUCUCCCCCAGGGCUUCGACCAGUUUUUGGACACUCCGAACUCGGACAAGCACGGCGCGGAGCCCCCCAAACAAAAGACAGACUCUGCUCCUCCCGGGGAUGCUUCGAACAACGAGCAGGCUCUGACCAAACUGGAGGAGCACAAAGCUGACCCGAGCGGCAGCGUGGACGAGGAGGACUCGUCCUCCAACUGCGGCGACAAGAGCAGCCAACAGAGUUCAUCAACCAAGUCCAGGAAGAAGAGGUGUCCUUACUCCAAAUACCAGAUCCGAGAACUUGAACGAGAGUUUUUCUUCAACGUGUACAUUAACAAAGAGAAGCGGCUGCAGCUGUCCCGAAUGUUGAACCUGUCUGAUCGGCAGGUGAAGAUCUGGUUUCAGAACAGACGGAUGAAGGAGAAAAAGCUGAACCGCGACCGCCUACAGUAUUUCACCGGGAAUCCUCUAUUCUGAUGUCCAAACAUAGUAGCACGAACACACACACACACACACACACACACACACACACACGCUUUCCAAAGACUGCUCCUCUCUGUAUAUAUGAACCCUGAUCAUUCUGUACAAACAAUUUAUUCUACACACUAAAAAAUAUGGCAUUUCAUUUAUUUUUAUUUUAUUUUUUUUGCAUAAUACAAUCAUAACAAUUAUUUAUUUGUGUUCACAUAUUUUCCUCGUUAUUGGCAACACGUAUUUCAGCAAAGUGCGAGGUGCUGUGCUUGGAAAUUAUUUAUACAAAACGUAUAUGUAGGCUUCUUCUUCCUUGUGUACUGUGUAAAGACGCAUGUAAUGUACGUUGUGGUGUGAAAUAAAGUAGACACGGAGAAAAAAAAAUAUGCAUCAUAGUCACGAAAGCUGUCACAUGAUCCCAGUCCGAUAUCUACAUGGCAUCAGACGACAUGGAGGGAAUUAUCUACAGAUUCGUCGACGGGGCGGUUUGGCGCUCGCAGGCCUGUAUGGUCCUGGUUAUUUCCUUCUCUUUCAAACACUAGAUUGUUUACUAAACCUUGAACCGUCUAGACAGUAUAAUAAAAGCAGCUGUAAAUGCCUAAAUAGGGGGCUAUUGGACUUUGGUGCCCCAACCCCCAGACCACAAGAAGACUGUUUCACUUCGCCCAUAUUUAGCUCCUUUUGACAUCUUAGGACUUGAGAUGUAUAGCGAUGUUUACUGGAGAACAAUGGGAGGUGUUCUGUUAAGGAGCCGCCAUCUGAAAAAAUCCAAGUUCAAUCUGCUCGUGUGUUAUUAAAAAAAGCGGGUGAAAUGUGGCUUUGACGCAGUCGAAUCUGUCGCAGAGGACGACCAUUACUAAAUAUUCGCAAAGUAGCGGCGCGUAUUUUCCUCUUUUGAAUGAAUGCAGGUGAGAACUGCAGCGGGGCUGGCCCUAUAGCAGAAUGAAUGAAUGAAUGUGAAUGCAAUAUUUACCUCAGCAGUGUAUAUCCUUAUUUUUGUAAUCAGUAGAGGCAAACUAUUCAAAUUGUGACACCAGAUCAUUUUCACUUCUGGUCUAUGUGCAGCAACAAUUAGGGCCUCGCUCUCCUCGUCUCAGCGAGCUUUAUAGAAACAACAAUGGAGUGGGGAUUGCUGCUUAUUUCCUUUAGUACUUUCCCCCCGAAAGGCAGUUAGAAAACUGAGGUUUCAUUACGCGUUUAAUUGUCUCGUCAUCAUGUCCUACAGUGAAAUCCCAUUACCAACUGUGUGUGGAGCGUCUCACUCCGGUUCUCGGUGUAUCCACAUGAGGGCAGACUUGCUGCUUCUGGCUCGAGGUGGGAAAUGCAGAGUUCAGCCAAAUUCAACACCAAACACCCUGCACGAAAAACCAGUCAGUGGAGGAACAAAAAAAUCGUUCAGCACCGGUGUAUUUUUUAAUUUAGAUGUUUAUUUUAAUGUGCAGCUGCAACCACGGGCCACAAUUAUGUUGGGAUUUCAGUUUGAUAUCAAACUGAUAAAAAGUCUGCAUUUUUUCUCAGGCGGUCUGACAACGUGUAACACACAUAGUCUCUUUUCACUCUGUGCAAAUGCUGCUUGGUGUCUUCCCAACUGCAAUCACACUUGCAACAAGUCGUGUUCAAGUGUUUUGAAAGGACAAGCUACAAAAAAGAGAAAUCUUGAUUCUUCCCGUGUCCUUGUCAUGUGAACCGUACAGACUUCGAUCGCUACCUGAAGGCCGCACGGUCUUAUAGGCCACUCGAGUCUUGUGCUUUGUUUCUGUUUAAAAAAAAAACAUUUAACGUUUGCUGCUUUAAAUGUAUAUAUAUAUUUUUAAUUGCCGUGUAUCUGCGUCUGCAAUUCCUGCUGGUUAUUUGUUUUAAACAUAAGAGCAGAGCUCCUCCACAAAAGAGCAGAAGCAGAGUUCAAUCCUUUUUUUUUAAGUAUCCAU